CCUUUUAUAAUAAUAACUAUAAAAAAAUAUUAAUUUCAGUCCUAUUUCCAAUACGUAUUUAUUUAGAAUAAAUAACGGUCUAAUAGGAAAUAAGCAAAACGAAACGUACAAAAACUCGAUCUGUCAAUUAAAGAGCUUGUGUUGGAAGCUUUUAAUAACUUUCUAAGUCCUUUUCUAUGUUAAAUACAAGAAGCCUGAUAACUCACCACAAACUAUUUGAUAUCAAUUUGGAUUAGAAUAGUCCAAGUCAGACGCUUAAACAGAAAACAUGGUUGUGUUAGAAUCUUGUUGGUCGCCCUGCAUUUGGUCUUCUAACGUGAAGACUGGCAGCCGGGCGGUGGCGGUGUACACGGCAGCGAUGAGUGUAGUUCUAAUCACAUUCAUCAGUUACCAGCUAGCAGGUGGUGACUCUACACAACUAUGGAACCCUCUGUUUGAAGCUGAUGUCCGGGGAUCAAUGAAAGUUUUUGGAGGCAUUUUCAUCUGCAUUCUCGGACUCCUGAUAAUAUCUUCAAUUUGGAUGGUGAUAGGCAUUAAUAUAUGGAUGCGCGGUCUCAUACUGCCCUGGCUGAUCAUCAUGGGUCUCAUCAUUUGCUUCCAAUUUAUCUUCGGGUUGUGGCUAAUAGGGGGCUACUACAUUUAUCUGGAUGCAACAUUUGCAGCCCUGGUUGAUUUCCUGUUUAUGGCUUACAAUAUCUACUGUUGGCUGUGUGUCUUCUCGCAGUAUCAAAUUAUCUUAGAAAUGCAGUCACCUAAUAUAGAAAUGUUGAUCGAAGAAUAACUCUUAGUUUGGCACAAAACUAAAAUAUUUAGGUAAUGUAUUUCCAAUAUGUAGGUAUCAAAGGUCUUCAUUCUUAUAAAUAUUUUGAUAUUUUAAACAGUUUUUGGAAUUGCCGCUAGAUGGCGUUAGUAGUAUCGAAUACAUUUUAGCAUUUCAAAACUACAUCAUUAAAAAAAAGCCUUAUGUUUUUCAAAGAUAUAUUUUAACCCGAUUUCUACGUAACCUGCAUUGUUUAAAAUAUUUUUUCAUGGUUUAUAACAAUCUGGCGAGUGGCUGGCUAUUUUAGUUCUUAAUAUGACUGUUUAAAAAAGUUCGCAAUAAGACUUCUGAGUCCGUCCUUUAAUAUUACUUAAAUAUUGUAUUUAUUCAUAUGUGGAAGAUUAAAUUACCUAUCAGAAUUUUAUUAAAAAUAUACAUAAUAAGUAAAAUAGUUAGGUAAGGCAUUUAGACUUGACAAUAUUCAGCAUUUAGAUAAUAGUAAUCUAUGUAGACAUAUUUACUUGAUUCACUAUUAUCACUACGAUUGAAUUGAACUGACUGAUCAUUUUUCAUGUGCCUGACAACUAAUUUUACUGUAAAAAGACGUAGAUCUAAGGGUGUUAAAUUAGUGUAAGAAAAAUUAUAGAAUUCCGUCCCGACGCAAUGUUCUUUACUUAUGUUCAUGAAUCUCAUAUUUCUUUGUCUAUUGUUAUUUUUUAAGUAACUUGACAUAGGUACACAUAAAAUACAUUAUGUUUUAGUAUUUUACAUCAUUAUAGACUUUUGAUAUUUGGAUAUUUAUGUAGUGUAAACAAAUCCAUAACAAAUCAUUAAAAGUUUAAAUAAAUCUGUAGAAUAGA